ACCCAUUUAAGCCUUAGCUUUGGUAUUUUGGACAUCAACCAGCAGCUAAAGGACAUCGUAAUUUGAUCUCUCGAAGAACUGACAUUCUCGGCAUCCUUUCCUGUCACUUCACUAUGGUGUUACCAGUUCUUGCUGUGACACUGUGUGUCACACUUUUUCACAUACACAUGACUACUGUUGCAGCCUUUGUGACCUCUGACCCCAAGGCUCCUCCCACCAUGACUUCUAAUCCCCGCCCUCUGAGUGAGUUGCUCCAUGCAGCGCUAAUGAGUAAGAAGUAUCUUGGUCUAUCUGCUGGCAACAUAGGCACAACUUCUAACCCGACCCAGGCUGUCCCUUCUGUUAAUCCUGCCUCCACAGUGAUGUUACCAGGGGUUCUCACCACCACUAUGACCUCAUCAGCGGUUCCUCAAACUAGCCAGUCAGGAGGAAAUGGUCGUGUGACAUCACCACCGGUUGAGGAGGAGACCACAACGACUCUGAUAACCACCACAACAAUAACAACAGUUCAUGCACCAGUGCUGUGCAAUACUAACAUGACAGGAAUGGAGGGAAUAGUGGAAUCUCCAGACAUGACCUCCUCGUCAACCCUCUUUUCUCCACUGGAAUGCACUUACAGCAUCACCGUAUAUCCUGGAUAUGGGGUGGAAAUACAGGUAAGAAAGGUAAACUUAUUCAAGGAGGAGACUCUCACCAUUUUGGGACUAGGAGGCCCGGAGCCUGAACUCUUAGCCAAUGAGACAAUGAUCAGCGAAGGUCAGGUCAUUCGCAGUUCAACCAAUCAGGUCCAGAUUCACUACCGGAGCCUGAAGCAGACAGAUCAUGGGAUUUUCAACCUUCGCUACCAAGCAUUCCUCCUGUCCUGUCCAUUUCCUCUCUCCCCUGAAGGCGGGGGAGUGACGGUGACUGACAUUCACCCUGGUGGUCAGGCUCACUUCCACUGUGACCCUAACUUUCAGGUCAGAGGUCAUGAUGUUGCCACCUGUGUGAAUUCUACCAGACCCCACUGGAGCACACCUGAGCCUCAGUGUGUAGCCGUCUCCUGUGGUGGAUGGAUCCGAAAUGCUACUGUGGGCUCCAUCCUAUCUCCCACUGUUCCCUCCAGCAGUAAUCUAAGCAGUGGAAGCAAUUUAAGCUGUCACUGGCUGCUUGAGGCAAAAGAGGGCCACAGACUACAUCUCCACUUUGAAAGAAUGGCUUUGGAUGAAGACAACGAUAAAUUAAUUGUCCGUAGUGGGAACAACUCCAACGCCCCUCUCCUCUUUCAUUCCGAUCUGGAUGAUGUUCCAGAGCGUGGAAUUGUGAGUGAGGGAUCAUCACUCUAUUUGGAGCUAACAGCAGACUCUUCCUCCAUUCCUCUGCUCAUGGCACUUCGUUACGAGGCUUUUGAUGGUGAGCAUUGUUAUGAACCCUAUGUCCCUCAUGGAAACUUCAGUAGCAGUGACAUCACCUUCCCUAUUGGUACAACUGUAACCUUCUCCUGCUCUCCUGGUUUCGUCAUGGAGCAGGGCUCAGGGGUCAUGGAGUGUGUUGACCCCAGUGAUCCUCACUGGAAUGAGAGUGAGCCUGUAUGCAGAGCUCUUUGUGGAGGUGAGCUAACAGAUGCAUCUGGAACCGUGCUGUCACCUGAUUGGCCACAAAGCUAUUCCAAGGGGCAGGAUUGUGUGUGGCAGAUCCGUGUCAGUGAGGACAAGCGCAUCGAGCUUGAUGUGCAGAUUUUAAACAUCCGACAUAAUGACAUUCUUACCAUUUUUGAUGGACAUGACCUAAUGUCCCAUGUUAUUGGUCAGUACUUGGGAUCACGCGAGAGGUUCCGGGUUGUGUCUAGCGGUGCAGAGGUCACUAUUCAGUUUCAAAGUGACACUGAUGAUUCCACCUUCAUCCUAAGCCAAGGCUUCCUGAUUCAUUAUCGAGAGGUGGAGCCUAAUGACACAUGCCCAGUCCUCCCACCAAUUGAAUUUGGAUUAAGUAGCUCCUCCCACGUCUCACUUGUGAGGGGCAGUGUGUUAACCUAUCAGUGCCAACCUGGUUAUGAUAUUGUGGGCUCUGACAUCAUUACCUGCCAGUGGGAUUUGUCAUGGAGCAACAGUCCUCCAACCUGUGUAAAAAUCCAGCAGUGUCCUGACCCAGGGGAGGUGGUGAAUGGAGCACGCUCAGUGCACCCAGAGUUAAGUUUUGCAGUUGGGACAGUGGUGCGCUUUACCUGCAAUCAAGGUUAUCAGCUAGAGGGCCCGAGUCAGAUCUCUUGCCAUGGCAGAGACACUGGUCUGCCAAAAUGGAGUGACCGUUGCCCCAAAUGUGUCUUGAAGUAUGAUCCAUGCCCAAAUCCUGGUGUGCCCGACAAUGGUUACCAGACUUUGUACAAACACAGUUACCAAGCAGGGGAGUCUCUGCGCUUUUUCUGUUAUGAAGGAUAUGAGCUGAUUGGAGAGGUCACCAUUAACUGUGUCCCAGGACACCCCUCUCAGUGGAACAGCCCACCACCUUUCUGCAAAGUGGCCUAUGAGGAACUGCUGGAAGAUCACAAACUGGAAGUCUCACAGUCAUUAGAAGCCUCCCACCAAAUGCUGAGUGAGAACAUUGCAUUGGCUAUCAUCCUGCCAAUUAUUCUGGUCAUCCUUUUGAUUGGGGGAAUAUACAUGUACUACACUAAUGUGUGUAGAUUGCAGUGGAAGCCAUUGUUUUGGAAGUCCCUCUCCCAUACUCAUUCCUACAGUCCCAUUACAGUGGAGUCUGAUUUUAACAACCCUCUGUACGAAGCUGGGGACACAAGGGAGUAUGAGGUGUCUAUCUGAAGGGGCAAAAAAGUAAACAGCCAAAACCAAGGAUGUGAGGAAGGAAGAAUAAUUAAUUAAUAAUAUAAUAUCUCUCUUUACCGGACAUACAUGAUCCGCUAACGCAUCCUUUUUUCUGUUUCACUCUAUAUUUAGUCUCUCUCAUGUAAUUCUGUGUGUGUUUGUGUGUUUUGUGUGUGUGUGCAUGUGUGUGUGUACAUAUGUGUGUGAUGACAGAGAAAAGACUCAAGGAGUAAACAAUAUGUAUUAGCUUAUGGAUUCUACUUACCAGACAUGUUUUACAUUUGUUGUGGUGCCUUAUGGACUUAAAAAAAUAAAGCAAGGAAGGGACAGAAAAAGUUAUGUGAUAUGAAAAUAUGUGAAAGGCUGAGGCUGAGUCAGCAAUUAUAAAAUAGAGACAGAGUUUUAAAAAGAGAGAGGAUAUGAAUUAGACUGUAUUUUUCACAAGAACAAGUUAAUCUUACAAAGACAGGAGCACACGCCAACAAACACAUGAACAUAUGAACACACACAAUACUUUUAUGCCUGCUCACACACACACACACACACACAUAUACAUACAGAUAUUCAUGCACAUGAGGUUGUCCAAUAGCAGUGGGCUAAUUUAGAAUACAAAAAUAAUGUAUUUGUAUUAAGGCCCAAAAAAAUACUGAAAGGGCAGUAUUCCGAACACAGUUCCUUUAUCAAAUAGUAGAAUAGUUUU